GGAUAAGGAAUCUGCCAAACCAAUGAUUCCUCUCUUCCCAUUGCAAGAGAAAAAAAGAAAAAGAGAGAAUAGAAGUUACUCUACUUACUGAAAUCGGUUUAAUGGCUCCUGCAACUCCGAGAGUGGUGGUGAAAGUGGAUUUGAAGAAGAGGCCAUGGGAGCAGGAACAGCCUCUGCAUAACAGAUGGCAUCCUGAGAUACAACCAGUUGGUGAGGUCAAGGCUGGUGAGUUCUUUAGGGUGGAAAUGGUUGACUGGACUGGAGGUGCAGUCAAAGAUGAUGACUCUGCUGAGGAUAUUAAGAGCCUAGACCUCUCCACUGUUCAUUACCUAAGUGGACCUAUUAGGAUUGUUGAUGAGGAUGGUGUUGCAGCAAAGCCAGGUGAUCUUCUUGCUGUUGAGAUAUGCAACUUAGGUCCAUUACCAGGAGAUGAAUGGGGCUUCACUGCUUCGUUUGAUAGAGAGAACGGUGGCGGUUUCUUGACUGAUCAUUUCCCUUGUGCUACCAAAGCUAUUUGGUACUUUGAAGGGAUCUAUGCAUACUCUCCUCAGAUUCCUGGAGUAAGGUUUCCAGGUUUGACACACCCAGGCAUCAUUGGCACUGCACCAUCAAAAGAACUUUUGAGAAUAUGGAAUGAAAGGGAAAGACAGUUAGAAGAAAGUGGUCUCAGUUCCCUAACACUAUGUGAGGUUGUGCAUCAGAGGCCACUAGCAAACCUACCAAUAGCUAAAGGAUGUCUCCUAGGGAAUAUGGAAGAGGGAACACCGGAAUGGGAAAGGAUUGCGAAGGAGGCUGCAAGAACAAUCCCAGGAAGAGAAAACGGAGGAAACUGCGACAUUAAAAACCUAAGCAGAGGCUCUAAAAUAUAUCUUCCAGUGUUUGUGGAAGGUGCUAAUCUAAGCACUGGUGACAUGCAUUUCUCUCAAGGUGAUGGUGAGAUCUCUUUCUGCGGAGCCAUUGAGAUGAGUGGCUUCCUAGAACUCAAGUGUGAAAUCAUAAGAAACGGGAUGAAGGAGUACCUUACACCAAUGGGACCAACCCCUCUCCAUGUAAACCCGAUAUUUGAGAUAGGUCCAGUGGAACCAAGAUUCUCAGAGUGGCUGGUCUUUGAGGGUAUCAGUGUAGAUGAGAGCGGGAGACAACAUUAUCUUGAUGCAACAGUUGCUUACAAGAGGGCGGUUCUCAAUGCUAUAGACUAUCUGUUCAAGUUUGGUUACUCAAAAGAACAGGUAUACCUCUUACUCUCAUGUUGCCCAUGCGAAGGGAGAAUAUCUGGGAUAGUAGAUUCUCCGAACGCAGUUGCUACACUUGCAAUACCCACUUCCAUCUUUGAUCAGGAUAUACGGCCAAAGACUCGAAAGGUUCCAGCAGGACCUCGGAUAGUGAGAAAGGCAGACGUUAUGAAGAGUACAUAUGAUGGCAAACUUGAAACUACAAGGAAUCCAAGUUCUUCGUCUUAUAGCUAACACCUAGAGACCGUAUAAGCAAUCAUAUAUUUAGAUAUAGCUAAGAAACGAGAAGUCAAUAAGAUGCUACUAUAGUCACAAAUGCACCCUGUUGUUCUAUAUUAAUCGCAUCAAAAAGCUUAAAUUUUUAUAUAACUCCCCUUAAAUGUCUU